AUGAGUAACCACGCAUGGAUCUUCGUGAAGCGGCACAGCUCACGUCGGACCUUGGUCGACCCCUUGUAUCGUCCCGCGCAGGCAGUACCACUUGGCUGCUGCCUGGACGAGCUGAGCCUGUUCAACUGCGGACUGUGCCGCGAGAGUCGCGCCGCAUACCACGAGUACGCCUUGAGGACAAGGACCUCGACGCGCGACAGCUUGUCGGUGAAAGCUUUGGCGGUCAUCACGGCCGUAUUUCUGCUGGGCGACUACAUCGGCACGCUCUUCGGCGUGUCGAUGUUCAAUUGGGAGCAGGGCACGAGGGGCGACGCCGCCAUAUCGGCGGACUCGCUGACGUGCUUGCCGCGCCCCGAGCGAACUAGGAUCGCUACCGGACGAUGGGCGAAAGGCCGCGCGACCUCGAGACGACCUUUGUUCAGGACUUUCUUCAGCUUGUUCAGCCGCAGCGGGUUCAAGAUCACGGCCAACAGUGCCGUCUUCGGCAACCCGACUGAACUUGGACCCCAAUGA